CAAAAAAACUGACACGUUUCCUUGAGUUUUAAAAUUUAGUUUCCGCAUUUAAACUAGCUUUUCGGUAGUAAUCCGGCUCCUGUAGCAGUAUUGUAGUGUUCUUGGUUGUUCCCCGUUUUAGGAACGCUUUAGUUUAGCUACCAACAUGAGCCGGAAAGUGUUUUGCGACGCGAAAGUGGAGGAGUACCUUCUAGCACUGGGCCAGAAAGGAAAACCCUGCGUGGGCCUGCUGAUCGGACAACCUACGCUACAGCAAACGGAUUACAUCGUACACGCCAACGGGCUGAAGGAGCAGGACCCUGAUUCGGAUGCCGGAACACAGGAUCUACCGGCGGCGGAUGUGGUGUCGCAGCACGCACUCGUGGAAACCAGAAUGUUGCCGGGCGGAAUGUAUGUCCUCGGUUUGUUCAUCGUCCAUCCGAAGAACAUCUUCGAAGACAACGCACUGCUGCAGCGAGUGAAGCUCAUGCUGCUCAACAUGAAAGCUUCCUUCGACGCGAACCCCCUCCUGAUGGGCUACUGUGAUGAGCUGACCAACGGUGGACGGAUCGUACUUCACAUUCCAACGAAAGGCAACCAGCUGAAGAGCAAAGUGAUUUCGCUGGCAACGGAAACCCCUACGGUUAGUUCGUGUGAUUGGAAGCGGGGCGAUAAAACGACCAACUGGCACCAGUUCAGCACGUACUUCGACACGGACGAUGUGUGUCCGUUAUGGCGGAAAACCGGCAAAGAGCAGCAGUACGAAACGGAAGCGAAUCUGACCGAGUGUGCCAAGACGAUCAACGAGCAGUUGGCAGACGCAAAGAUACUGUUCAACGGUGAGCUGAUGCCGGGCAAAGAAGAUGUUCGGCAACUGCUUAAGGGUGGUAACAAAGAAGGCAAAACGCAAGUUCGCAUUUACGUUCCAUCGCCAACUACUAUUCCAGACCAAGAAGCAACGAUAGAACAGCUGAGCGGAGCACUGAAGUUCGAUGGCAUCGUUAGCUCGAAGGUGUACGUGCACGAUCAGUGCAGCUUUCGUGAGCUGGAGCGCUUCAUCAAGUCGGACAUCGUACGGUCGCUUAUGGCACGCAUUCAGAUUCACUGUGAUUCGUUAGUGCAGUCGGAUGGCGAUCCACUGGAUAAGAUAACGCUCAACGAGCUGCCCCGUAGGCUCUACUUCCCGAUACAACCCAGUGUACCCGGAUGCCCACAGUUUAGCGACUAUCUGUUCCCGGACGAAGAGACUGAAACGGCCCUGGGGCAGAUCCAAGAUGUGUUGGAUCUGGAGCUCGAUCCGGAACAUAUCGAUGCGACGGUUGAAGUGGUACCGGCCGUGAAGGAAGAGGAGCGCCACGAUGCGAAGGAAUGUGGAUCGGUGAGCGAAACCGAUGGCGAGGUGAAGCUUAAUAAUCCGAUGGUGACCACCGUCGUGGGCGCCGUGGUACUGUUGAUCGCUUUGGUGGCGUACUUUUUGUUGAAAUAAACUCAACUUUUACUGUCCGGAGGAGGACACAUUGAUUAUUA